AUGACCGAGGCAAUCCUUGCCCAAGUGGGCCAUAAAUCGCUCGCAUUUGGGAAACCUCGCGCGAUCCCGACGUCGAUAUCGAACGGUUCCGUCGCUUCCGACUGCAGUGCCCGUACCGAAGCGAGCGCAUCCACCGCUGCAAGCGAAGAACCGCAGACGCCGGCGUCUGCACUCGCAGGCCUGGCUAUUAGCUCGUGCGACGUCACACCCCUCUCAUCCCCGAUCAUCUCCCCUCCUUCCGCUGUAACUGGCAAGCGCCAUCGCGACGGAUGGACUCUGGACGAGGUACAGCUACUUGAGAAUGUACUGGCUCGCCCCCCGCCCGACCUGCACUUUCCUCCCGGCUCAAUGCCCCAUCCCGAGAUACUCGAUGGCCUUACCUCAGCCCUAAUGGAGAGGCUAGGCUACGAGGACAUGUCGGCCACGUCGAUCCCGAUGGACAUUGACUGCUCGUCUGUAGACACGUGGCCGCACUCGUGGGACGCGACGAGGGACAAGCUCACCGCUCUCGCUCUGGCGGAAACGCGCCUCGGCGCCGAGCUCGCCAACCGCAAACUCACGAGACAGGAACGCCUAGAGCGCCCGGGUAUCAAGCGCGUGGGGACCAUGGAUUACCUCGACGACGAGGAGAGCACAAUGCCGAGCGAGCGCAUCGGCCGCAUCCUUCGUCUCUCGACAACAUUGCAGAACAGCGCGCGCGGCAUCCUGGCUGACCGCCCGCCCACCCUCACCAUUCCCGUGCCGGAUCGAGCCGCGCCCCUUGCGCCGUCCCGCUCCGAGGGAGGUCUCGCCCGCACCUCGUCCUCCUUAUCCGUAAGCUCGGCGGGCAGUAUGAGCCGGCGUCCCUCACUUCUUGCCCGCGGCCGCAGUUUCACGGCAGAGGACCUGGAAGGCGACGACGACGAGAGUAUAUUCUUUGGACAAGGCCUCAGCUCCCCACCCGACGAAGUCACGCCGACGACCCCACCGUCAGCCGAGGCGCCUGCUAAGAACGAGCGCCUAAGCGAGUCUCAUUAG